AUGUUCGUCACAGAGCCAAAUCCAUCUCAUAUUGAGAUUUUGAGUCAUACAGGUCAGCCUUUAUUCUUUUUGAGUUAAAAUGUGAAAAAAAAAACUUUUUAGAACAAUGUGUGGUAUGUGGUGACGCAGCCGAUGGAUUCCACUAUGGAGUCCGAUCAUGUCGUGGCUGUAAUGCAUUUUUUCGAAGAGCAGUCACGUUCAACAUGAAUUUUUCAUGUCGGAGAGGCGGAAGGUGUCCAGUCGACAAAAGUGAGUUGAUUUCUAGCACCUUUUUGCACAGAGUAAUGCAAAAAAGUAAAACAUACCGAAACUUUUAUUUUAAAAGUUGUUUAAUUUACAGAUGCUCGAUGUGCAUGUCGAGCAUGUCGAUUAGCGAAAUGCUAUGCAGUGGGAAUGGACAAAAAAGCAGUUCAACCGAAAAGAGAAGUGACUACUUCGAUAAACGGAUCUUUCGAUCACAAUGACACAGAAUAUGAUAUUCGGUUGAAUGGGAUGAGGGUGAGUUUAUCUUCGGUAAGAUUUUUCAUGUUUUGACAAACUACUACAAAAAAAAGCGUAUUUAGUUAAACAUUGUGCAUAAUUCAGUUAUUAUUCAAAGUUUUUCCAAGAAAAACACUUGCAGACAUCACCAAAUUACGACCUCAGCGACAUGACUUCGCCCGGCUCAGCAUUCACACCACUGAACAUAAAUCUGGCAGUAGGUUUUUAACUUUUUCUACAUAUCUCAUUUUUCAAAUGCUUUAGGAUUUCACGCCAGCAAUACCUCCCUCACCUCCCGGUGACUGUUUGUUAAUAAUCAGGCAAGUCUACGAUUUCACGGAACAAAAACGGAGACGGAGAGCAAUGCUGUGCGGGUCUUUAGAAGAAAUUCUGUCAGAAGUGAGUCCACUUUUUGAAGGUGUUACUGUUGAGUCUGAAAUUUUCAGCAAGAGAUGAUUCUGAAGCAUCCUGCCACUUCUGAAGACUUCACGACCAUAUUCCAAACGCAAAUGGUAUUGAUGUUUGAAUGGGUCGAGAAAUUGCCCGAGUUUCGAAUGUUGGGCGACCAUAAUGAUAAGGUGAGUUGGUGUUGGGCUUACGAUACUAUCAAUUCGAAAUAUUUUCAGACUAAACUUCUCCGAGCAUUCGCCUUGAAGUACAUGCUUCUGGACAAUGUUUACCACACGUACGAACUAGGAUUCCGGGACAGGGUUCGUGUUUUUAGUGCAUGUUUUCAGUGCCUCGUUGUUUUGUUGUUCUGACAAACUUUCUUGGAAGCAGAUGAAAAAUAGAUCACACGAUUUAUAGGAAAAAGCGGAAAUGCAAUAACAAAUUCAAUUUAACGUGUUUAUGUGUGAAUAAUGCUGUUCGUCUCAAUUUUGGGGAUGUAAAGUAUAUAAAAUUGAGUAACAUGCGUACGUUUUCAGUUAGUACUUGUGAACAACAACUACAUCAUUCCCGGAGUGCCAGUCAACAUCAAGUCCAGUGAUGUUGUCGAUGAAAAUCAGAUGAAAGAAAUGUGAGUUGGCAAACGAAAAACAGUACGCGCGUGAUGACUGCUAUGGUUUUUUAUUAUCCGUCAGAGCAGAGUGACUCUAACUUUCUCGUAUCCUGAUUAUUUGCAGAAUGUUCGGUCAUCGAAUGCAAGCACUUAUCAACGACUUAGUUCAUCCCAUCAGCAGCAGAAACAUGCUUUACGGAGAAAUAAUGACAAUCCGACGAGUAAUGUUCUGGAAUCCGGGAAAUGUGCAGCUGUCGGACAUGGCUAGAGCACUGGCAGUUGAAGUACGGAUUUGCGCAUUUCAAAAUUAAACACAAUUUGCGUUUUCCAGGCAUGUAACGUGGCAAUGAAAGAGUUGCAACAGUAUUUGACUGCUGAAGGAGUUGAUGAUAUUGAGGCUCGAAUGGAGUUUUUAUUACUCCUGAUUCCCGCGUUCACCGUGAGUUGUUAUGUUAUUUCCUGCAAUCCGUGUCAUUUUCGGGAACGUUUUCCGAAAUUACAACUGUAAUUCUCGUAGGGAAACUUUGAAAAACUGAGCCCCACUCAGAAAAUAGUUAAAAAUAUUAGUAUAAGCCGCCUUCUCCAGAGUUCCCUAAAGAUGUCCCAAAAUAUAUUGCCCUUUUUUCAGACUCAUCAUAAAACCAUGUACGAAAUUGUCCGUCUGAUUCCAUCUUUUGGAAAAAUGAGUGAUUGGAACAAUUUUAUGGAUGACAUACUCAGUGGCGUUUGA